ACGUGCCACGGGAUCAAUUACGGACGGGACCAGUCACGGCCGUGCCGUCGAAAUCCCUACGACGGCUGUCUUAGUUGCCUGCCAUCCGUUCGUCAAAAUUCCCGAGAGCGGUGCGAACUGGGAGCACGCUCUCGCCAUCAGCACGCGGAAAAUGGCAACAGUUCGCACCCGCAUCACUCUCUGCCUCCUCAAAACCCCCAAAUUCUCGCCUCCCAAUACCUCCAAAGCCUUGUUCCGCCCCACCUCCGUCUCCAACUCCGUCUCAAUCUCCCAUAGAACCCAUAAUAGGUUAAAUACCCUUCAUCUAAAACCCUAUCUCUCCCCCUUCGUGAGGAAGUCCAAACCCCUAAAAUCCGCCGCCGGUGGAGCCGUCAGGUCCCUCUUCACCGGCAUCGUUGAAGAGAUGGGCCAGAUCCAGCACGUAGGGCCCUCCCAUGACGGCGGCUUUGAGAUGAGAAUCGCCGCAAAGACCGUCCUCGGCGGCGUCCAGCUCGGUGAUAGCAUCGCCGUCAAUGGCACGUGCCUCACCGUCACCGACUUCGACCCCGCUGCCUCUCACUUUACCGUCGGCCUCUCGCCGGAGACCCUCCGAAAGACCAACCUCGGCGAUCUCCUUUCCGGCUCGCUGGUAAAUCUGGAGCGGGCCCUCCAGCCUACCUCGAGGAUGGGCGGACACUUCGUCCAGGGACACGUCGACGGGACGGGCGAGAUCGUGUCGAUGGAGCCCGAGGGGGACUCGCUCUGGGUGAAGGUAAGGGCGCCGCCGGAGCUGCUCCGUCUCGUGGUGCCCAAGGGAUUUAUCACGGUGGACGGGACGAGCCUAACGGUGGUCAGCGUUUACGAGGAGGAGAAAUGCUUCGACUUUAUGCUGGUGGCCUAUACCCAGCAGAAGGUGGUGAUCCCUUUGAAGAAAGUGGGGGAUAAGGUGAACUUGGAGGUCGAUAUACUGGGGAAGUAUAUUGAGAAGUUGCUAGGGAGCGGGAUUGGGUCUGCUGCCUCGGUUAGCUCUUCAUGAUGCGGAAAGGAAUUCAGAGUACAUGAGAUGGCAUACCUUGUAGAUGCACUGAUCUUCACUAAAAUAGACUGGUGGUGCAUCGGCUAAAGCUGGCUGAAAAUGCCAAUUCAUUGGCACGCAGAAACCUAGAAGGCAGAUGGUAUCUUGGUGUUUGAACUUCGAACAAGCAUUUAUUAAAAGCUUCCUGAAGUAAACUUGUUUUGUAGCUUAUAGUGUGAUUUAGAAGGUUUAUUUCCUUUUAUGGUUGUAUGAGAUGGAAGUGGAAUAUGCUAUCUUGAUCUGAUUUCCUUUCAUUGAACAAGAGUGGAUGGGGCCCUGCUAGCCUGAUUCACUUCUCACCUAGACUUGAAGCAUGUGUCAUCUUCAUUAGAAGCAUGAGUGAAGCUUGGAUUAGGAUAUUUGGUGUUGGUUCUAUAAAAUGACAAGCCAAAAGUAGAAUUCCUAGCUUCUUGUAAAAGCCUUUUUUUAAAAAAAAAAUUCUUCUGAUAAUAAUAU